CCGACAUUGCCUGUAUUCAGAGUCCUUCUCAAAGCUCAGUCAUCCAUCAUCGGUCGACAACCAAGUACAUAACCCUUCCCUUGCCUUUGAGCCCACACAUCCCCCACCCCCUGCUCAUCUUCCUCUUCCUCCAACCGACACCAAGCAUGGAAGACAAGAAACUCAUCCUCUACGACCUCCGGAGCGCGGAGACAAAGUGCUGGUCCCCCAACUUGUGGAAAGUCAGGCUUGCCCUGCGGUACAAAGGGAUCCCUUUCGAGACUGUCUGGCUCACGUAUCCCGAUAUCAAACCCACUAUUGGACAACAUUGUCAGCAGGGCGAGGAGGCGCCUACCCUGCCUACGAUCCAGCACGGGGAUGUGUGGGUGUACGAUUCCUGGUCCAUCAUCCAAUACCUCGAAAAAACCUUCCCCUCCACUCCCUCCCUCCUCUACCCAAACCUCGAAACAAACCAUUUCUUCCUAACGUUCUACACCCAGCUCCUCUGGGCCUCUGCGCGGCCCAAAUUGCUUCCCCUCUCAGCGGAGAUCCUGGACGUGAGGGGGAAAGAGUACUUUGUCCGUACGCGCAGGGCGAGGUUUGGGAUGAGCCUGGAGGAGAUGGGCAGGGGCAGGAGCGUGCUGGAUUGGAAGAAGGAGUUAGAUGUUGUCGUUAAGCAGAUUACGAGUACUGGAAAGUAUAUCUUUGGACAUCAACUGAGCUACGCGGAUAUACUCGUCCUCUCCCUCCUGCUGUGGAUGGUCAAGGUCGACCCUGGACUGGUGGAGCAGACGCUGGAGAUGUACACCGGGAAAGAGGGGGAGGCGUUUAGGGGGUGGUAUGAGCGUGUGAGGGUGAUCGCCAAGGAGGAUCUGUAGGACGUCUCGGGAAAGAAGGUGGUAAAGUAAAGAAUCAAAUGGUUAUAGACACAAAGAGAAUGAAGAAGCAGAAUU